CCGGUUAGCGCAGUUUUCAAGAUGGCGUCGCUACUUGAAGAUAAUGAACUGAAAGGGAUGAGGCGGCGUUUUCAGCAGCAGGCUGAAGCGCUGCUCCGAGAAUCCGCAACAGGGGGUAGCGAGUUCUAUGAUGAAGAAAAGAAAGAUUCAAAGCCGCUCCCUAGAAUAAACAUCCAUUCUGUUUUCUGGAUUUUGGCAGCUAUUUCUAUAACGUAUUAUACAGAUUUUUUUCAAGUUGUUAAAGAAAUUUUACUGGAAGGCUGUUGGUGGUUGAUGAUUGGAACUUCGUUGUUGGGUGCUAGUGUACUUAUAGCAUUGUAUUGCAUAAUCUAUCUUGAGUGGCGCUGCGGCAUUAGUGAUUAUGAUUCACAAUAUCCAGCAUUGGUUCCAUUUGCUGUUAGCACUUUUGUAAUUGCGGCAAUUUGUUAUAAUGCUGCUUUAUGGCCAGUAUGGUCCCUUUUCACUCCCUUGAUACUGUUUACCCAGUUUAUGGGUAUGGUGAUGCUUGUAUCUUUGCUUGGAUGAUAAUAUACAGGUUCCUUGCUUUCUGAGAAUAUGAAGAUAUCUGGAAUAUAAUGGAGAUGUCACACAUAAUAUGCAAACCUAUUUCUUAAGUUCUUCCAUAUCUCCAAUAUAAAUAUUUGCCAUGUUUUUAAAAAAAAGAUAUGCACGAAAAAUGCAUUGCAACAACGUGUUUACUGUUUUGCAUUCUCAUAUGUUAUUAAAUAUUUAUAUUGCAAGAAACAAACAGUUUGGAGAACUGUAUGCCAAGAAAUAUUCUCCAUAGCCAUGUACAGACCUUUUUAAAAUGAAUUUGAUCAACACAUAUAUUUAUAAUCCAAUUAUCAAAUCACAAUAUUCAAUGUUCUUUUACUAAAAAUGAAAACAUUAUUUCUGGUCUGCAUGAUUAAACCCUUUUUGUAUUGCUUAUAUAUAUAUGUGCCUUCAAACUAUACUAUCAAUAUAUUUUUAUUUUUUUAUUUUACAAAAGAUAAUACAUAGAAGCAACCAACCCUGUAACGUUAGCCCUAAUAAAGUAAACUAAAUGUGAAAGAACUUUGUCUAAAUUAGAUUGAACAUUGGGUACAAAUGAAUCUGAUAUCAUAAAUAUGAAAUGCAAUGUUGUUUUAUUUUGUUAAAUUUAUGAAAAUAUAUAAAAUUAUUUUUAUUUGA